UGCCUAAACGAGUCGAAUGUUUAUUUCUUCACUCUGCAAGAAAUUAGAUUGGAUUGAAGUGUGAAUGGAUUUGUACAAACUGAGGUUUGGCUCCCUGUAGACGGUGAUGGCGCCAGGCGACAUGGUGCCGGAGCAUGCCAAGCAGCAUAAGCUCAAGCAGGAGAAGGAGAAGCGUCAGAGCACCACCAGGCCUGAUGGAGACUGUGAGCCAGAUGGAUCGUUUGUCUUUGAGGCUCACGAGGCAUGGAAGGACUUCCACAACUCCCUGCGCCAGUUCUACGAAGUGGGGGAGCUCUGUGAUGUCACACUGAAGGUGGGCAGCAGGCUGAUACCAUGCCACAAGCUGGUGCUGGCCUGUGUCAUCCCAUACUUCAGGGCCAUGUUCCUGUCUGAGAUGUCAGAGGCCAAACAGGACCUGAUAGAGAUCAAGGACUUUGACGGAGACGCCAUACACGACCUGGUGCGUUUCGCCUACUCCUCCCGCCUGACCCUGACAGUGGACAACGUGCAGCCCCUUCUCUAUGCAGCCUGUAUACUGCAGGUGGAGCUGGUCGCCAGGGCCUGCUGUGAGUAUAUGAAGGCCCACUUCCACCCCUCCAACUGCCUGGCUGUCCGCACCUUCGCCGAGAGCCACAACCGCGUCGACCUGAUGGACAUGGCGGACCGCUAUGCGUGCGAGCACUUCCUGGAGGUGGUGGACUGUGAGGACUUCCUGUGCGUGUCGCCUCAGCACCUGAGAACCCUGCUGUCCUCCAGCGAACUGAACAUCCACUCUGAGACACAGGUUUACAACGCUGCUGUCAAGUGGCUGAAAGCCAACCCCCAGCACCAUGAGGCCUGGCUGGACCAGAUCAUGACUCAGGUGCGCCUCCCCCUGCUCCCAGUGGACUUCCUGACGGGCACGGUGGCCAAGGAGGAGAUGAUCAAAGGAAAUCUGAGCUGCCGGGAUCUGCUGGAUGAGGCCAGGAACUAUCACUUGCACCUCAGCAACAAGGUGGUUCCUGACUUUGAGUACUCAGUCCGCACCACGCCUAGGAAACACACUGCAGGUGUAUUGUUCUGUGUUGGUGGCCGGGGAGGUUCUGGUGACCCAUUUCGCAGCAUCGAGUGUUACUCCAUCAGCAAGAACAGUUGGUUCUUCGGGCCUGAGAUGAACAGCAGGAGGCGCCAUGUUGGAGUAAUUUCUGUAGGAGGUAAAGUGUAUGCAGUAGGGGGCCAUGAUGGUAGUGAACACCUGGGCAACAUGGAGAUGUUUGAUCCUCUCACCAACAAGUGGAUGAUGAAGGCUUCCAUGAACACUAAAAGGAGAGGCAUAGCUCUGGCAGCUCUGGGAGGUCCUAUCUAUGCCAUCGGGGGUCUAGAUGACAACUCCUGUUUCAACGAUGUAGAGAGAUAUGACAUCGAGAGCGACCGCUGGAGUGCUGUGGCGCCCAUGAACACGCCCAGAGGUGGAGUGGGCUCUGUGGCCUUAGGGAGUCACGUGUAUGCUGUGGGGGGUAACGACGGUGUGGCCUCUCUAUCCAGUGUGGAGAGGUUUGACCCACACCUCAACAAGUGGACGGAGGUCAGGGAGAUGGGCCAGAGACGGGCAGGGAACGGAGUCAGCGAGCUCAACGGGUGCCUCUAUGUAGUGGGUGGCUUUGAUGACAACUCCCCGCUGAGUUCUGUGGAGCAUUUUGACCCCCGUCUGAGUCGCUGGGACUACGUCUCUGAGCUGACCACGCCCCGGGGUGGAGUGGGUGUGGCCACGGUUAUGGGUCGCGUGUUUGCGGUCGGAGGUCACAACGGGAACAUCUACCUCAACACAGUGGAAGCCUUUGACCCCCGCAUGAAUAGAUGGGAGCUGGUGGGGUCGGUGUCUCACUGCCGGGCCGGCGCAGGAGUGGCUGUCUGCUCCUCGCACAUCAGCCAGAUCAGGGACGUGGGCCAGGGCUCCAGCAACGUGGUGGACUGCAUGUGACCUGUGAUCCCUGAGCUGACCACAUCGACCGACUGCACAAGAGCAGACCAACCCAACCCACGCACAAGCACUCAACCACACUGCACAGUCACUGAACAGGAGCACUAGCUGUUGUUCCUUUUAAGCGCUGACUGUAGGCUUCUCCCUAAAGAAUGUAAGAGGGGUGCUGCGCCACCUUGUAAACUAGCUGUGCCACUGUGGGGGGAAAAAAAUACAAAAAGUUUUACUGUAUUUUCUUUGCUUCUUUCGACUGCUUUGGUUCUUUAUCAAGUGAAAAUGGCUGAUAGUUGAGCUUUAGACGUCAUAUUAGACAGGCCUUGAAUAUCAACUUGAAGAGGAACUUUAAGAGUAACCAGUUCGGAAACUAUUCAGACCCCUUGACUUUUUCCACAUUUUGUUACGUUACAGCCUUAUUCUUAAAUUGAUUAAUU